AUGGCCACCAACCCGUCUUCGACGGAAAUCCCGGCCCUGCCGCUCCAAUAUUCAGCCCAGAACCAUCACGACGAGUCAGCAGAACGGGAAACGCCGCGGAAUCUCCCCGACGAGACCCCGGACGUGGUCGGCGGAGACGAAGAUGACGAUUCUAGUCUCGAUGACAUCUUCGAAGAGAGCGGCGACGAAGGAGAACUAGAUAUCGUCAAAAAUCACAACCGGCAAUGGCCUUUACGCUCCAACCAGCAAAAGCCCACGGCCAACACCUUCGCCAGUGUAGACGACCAGAUGGCCGCCCUUUCGAAACACGCGGCCAAAGUUCGACUGGACGAUGUCAAGGAGGGACAGGACCGCGAAAAAGACAAAGCCGACAGGGCCACCAGCGAGCGGGUGCUCGAUCAACGGACGCGCAUGAUCCUCUACCAGAUGAUCAACCGUGGCGUGGUCAGCGAGAUCCACGGCGCCAUCAGUACGGGGAAGGAGGCCAACGUGUACAGCGCCAUCGCCUACCCAGACGACGACGGGCCCCCCAUCCAUCGAGCUGUCAAGGUCUACAAGACGGUCAUGCUAAGUUUCAAGGACAGGGAAAGGUACAUCGCCGGCGAGCACCGGUUCAAGUCGGGCGCUGACAGGGGAAACAACCGCAAGAUGGUCAAGUUAUGGGCAGAAAAGGAGUUUCGCAACCUGAGGAGAAUUCAUUCUGCGGGGAUUCCUUGCCCCGAGCCUAUCCAGCUCAAACUUCACGUCCUCGUCAUGGGCCUCUUAGGCGACAAGAAGGGUUACGCCUACCCUCGACUGCGAGAUGCCAACAUUGCGGGCGACGACGCCGACAAGCUAUGGCGACAGCUCUACACCCAGCUCCUGGGGAUCAUGCGGCGCCUGUACCAAGUGUGCCGGCUGGUGCACGCGGAUCUAAGCGAAUACAAUAUUCUAUACAACGACAGGCAACUCUACAUCAUCGAUGUAUCUCAGAGCGUCGAGCACGACCACCCUCGAUCGCUCGAGUUCCUACGUAUAGAUAUUAAAAAUACGGGUGAUUUCUUCCGCAGACAAGGCGUCGAUACCCUGGCUGAUCGGACCAUCUUCGACUUUGUUACCGGUCCAGAGGGGGCUGUUGAAGAGCCUGGCCUGUCGGAAGCGAUCGAAAAAUUAUACGCCUCUAGGUUGCCGUCCGCCAGCGACGACGCGGCCGCAGCUGAGCUGGAGGUUGCCAACGAAGUCUUCCGAAACCAAUACAUACCCCAGACUCUGGAGCAAGUAUACGAUAUCGAGAAGGACGCGCGGGUGAUCGGAGGCGGCGACGGAGACAAGCUCGUCUAUCGAAACCUCCUGGCCGACCAGGUGGUAUUCCCGGCCGCCGAGGGGGGAGCGAGCGAGGAUGAGGACGAAUCGGGCGACGGGGCUGCGCUCGACAGCGACGGCUCGGGCGAGAGCGAGGACGAGGACGAGAGCCUAUUCUCGAAGGGGCCUCCCCGCGGUAAGCGAUUCGAAGACAAAGACGACAAGAAGCUGCGCAAGCAAGCGGUCAAGGAAGCGAAGGCGGAGAAGCGGAAGGAGAAGAUGCCCAAGCAUGUCAAGAAGCGGCUCGUAACUACCACGUCGAGGAAGAACAGGUAG